UAGCUGUCAGAGAGUGAGCCCUUGAAGCAUAGCAAAGAAGUGAAAUCCGUUGAGAAUACUCUGUAAAGGAGCAGAAAAUUUUUCUAUCUCAAGACUUUCUUGUGUGAGAAGAAGCCCUGAGGCAGGACAAGAGAAUUGUAGGUCUUACUUACAGAAGAUUUAAAAUGUCACUCCGAUUUGGGCAGCAUCUCAUCAAGCCCUCUGUUGUGUUUCUGAAGACGGAGCUAUCAUUUGCACUUGUGAACAGGAAGCCAGUGGUCCCGGGUCAUGUUCUCAUUUGCCCACUCCGUCCUGCGGAACGUUUCCGUGACUUGCAUCCCGAAGAAGUCACUGAUUUAUUCUGCGUAGCACAGCGGGUUGGAAAUGUAGUAGAACAACACUUUGGAGGCACCUCUCUCACAAUUGCAGUUCAGGAUGGUCCCGAAGCCGGGCAGACUGUGAAGCAUGUCCACGUCCACAUACUUCCAAGGAAGUCUGGAGAUUUCAGCAGAAAUGACAACGUCUAUGAUGAGCUACAGCAUCAUGACAAAGAGGAUUCCCCCAGCAAGUGGAGAUCUGAGGAUGAAAUGGCAGCAGAAGCCGCACUCCUCAAGAAAUACUUUCAGUGAAACAGGAGGCAAUAAAGCAUCUUCAGUGAAUACAGAGAUAUAAGAAAACAAAGAAGAGAGGAACAAUUGUCCAUUCUUUAUUGGAUGGAGCCUUGAAGCUUGUAAGAUGGCCGUGAAUGUUACUUAUACUAGAUGACUUCCAUGGAAUGUUUAUGGAGUUUAUGGAGUUUUGGUUGCCAUUCCCAGAUAAGUUCUAUACAGAACAUCCUUCUUCCUGGAUUGCUUAGA